UUUGGUUAACAAAACCAAACCGAACUAUACCGAAGAGAACCGGGAUUUUCCUUUUCCUCAUAGUCCCUAACCUCCAUUUUUCUUCCUCUCGACCAAACACUCUCAUCCGCCGGUAAAAUUCCUCGCCGCCGCCCUCCCCGUCAUCCCAAGGCAGUUCUCUCUCUCUCUUUCCGGAGAAGAGACCUGAACCAAUGGCCUGCAAUUCCUCAGAUUGUUCUUCCGGUUGCUCCGGUCUUAAGUCGGAAAAUGGAAGCAAGAGUGACGGGUCGUCGGUCGGCGACGGCAGUAUUCGGGAGAGCGUAUGCGUCAAGUGUAAGAGCAAUGAACCCGUGUUCUUCGCUGAUGGUGCCUCCGAAGACGGCAAGUUUUGCUCCGAUUGUUUCAGGAACAACGUCUUCGGGAAGUUCAGGCUCGCCGUCACUUGCCACGCCAUGAUCACUCCUUCCGAUAAAGUCCUUGUCGCUUUCUCUGGUGGCCCAUCUUCCAGGGUUGCUCUUCAAUUUGUGCACGAGCUGCAAAAAAGGGCGCAGAAGAAUUAUGAGGCGAGUAGAGAUAGAUCUUUGCCUGUAUUUGGUGUCGGGGUUGUGUUUCUGGAUGAAACUGCUAUUGAUCCUACUCUCUCUGGUGAAAUCAAUGAUGCAAUUGAGUUGAUUCGAACUGUGGUCUCAAGUUUGUCUCCACCUGCAAAGCAUCUCCAUGUUGUUCCAAUCGAAAGCGUUUUCGGGUUAGACUCUGCUGAGGCACGAGAUAGGCUCCAAAAGCUUUUAGAUUCUGUUAGCGAUGAUACAGGAAUGGAAGAUCUGCUACUGCAUCUCCGGAUGCUGUGUUUGCAGAAGGUUGCAUCUGAGAGUGCCUACAAUAGAUUAAUUCUAGGAUCAUGCACAUCGAGAAUUGCUUCCCAUGUUCUUUCUGCCACUGUCAAGGGACGGGGUUAUUCACUAUCAGCAGAUAUACAGCAUGUUGAUGCGAGAUGGAAGGUACCUGUUGUGCUUCCACUCCGUGACUGUGUUGCGCAGGAGUUAAACAGACUUUGCCGUCUGGACAGUUUACAGAUUGUGAAGUUGGGUCAUCCUCAUUCUGGCAUCAAUGGUUUGGUGUCAUCAUUUGUGGCAUUACUGCAGGAAGAAAACCCUUCUCGUGAAUGCACCAUCGUACGAACAGCUGGAAAGCUUACGCCAUUUUACUUCAAUAAAAUUCCUGAAAUAGAUGAUUCAAACGUUCCUUUGGCUACUCGGAGGCGUCAAAAGAGAUUCAAUCUGAAAUACAAUGAAGCUAUGACUACUGAAUACUUCUGCCCCAUCUGCUGUGGCCCUCUAAAUAAAUCAGAUGUGUCAAAUUUGAGUGAAUCUGAGGGCUGUCAAGAUAUUGAAGUCUUUUAUGCUGCUUGUUGUUCAAGUUGCCGGUUUCAAAUACUUCCUCAUGGUCAAGCAUCUAUCGAGCAGUUCUAUUCACUUAUACCACAGCAGUUGACGUCCCAAGAGAAGCUUCAAAAGGCGGACACUCAAACUUUGUUAAGGGAGAAAAUAGAGGAUUGCUUGCUUUCGGACGGUGAAGAGGAGAUCUAAAUCCUUGAUUCAGAUCCAUGACUUCUUGGCUUGCAUAACAAAUUGCACAAGGUAAGAUAGGGUUUUUCCUUCUGCAUCACCAGGCACCAGCUAUGUGGCAGAGUUCCGGCGGUGGAACCGAUGGGAUCCGAUCGAACAUUCUGCUGUGGAAAUUGAGUCAGAAUUGGCGCAAAAUUCAGGUGUAUCCAUAUUACAACAUGCAUUCAUUCAUAUUCCAAGCAAACACGCAUGUGUCACCACUAAACAAAGCACCUUUCUUGUUUGUUUUUCUUUCUCAUAAUCUAUAGGUUUUACAAAAUACCAUUAAAACAAUGUUUAGAGCUCGGUCUUUCGUCUAAAAAUACCAUGAGUUGGCUCAUUGGGCAGAACAUGGAAAGAACAUUAUCAAUCUGAUGGGUUUUUCCAAUGGACGGAUUUUUGCAUUGCUUGCUUUUGUAUCUUGAGAAUGUUGAGGGACUUCGAUCAGAACCAUCAACACAGAAGAUUCACAUCCUCCAGAAACAGAUUAUGAGGUCAUGACCGUUGUUGUACUGCAAUUUCGACUGUCACUUUGGAUAUUUUACGAUGCUUAUAUUUGGGUGUCCAAUUUGGUUUAAUUUCA